AGGAAAGAGGAGACAAAGCGUGAAGAGACAACUAAUGAAAGAUAAAGAAGAUGUUGGAGAGAGGAGGGGAAAAGAGGAGAAAGAGGAGGAGAGAAAAGAGAAGUGUGAGCAUUUACCGUCAGAGAGGAAGAGAGAGAGUAAAAACUGAGCUUCAUCAGAUAGACUUCAUUAGUUUCGUCUGAGCAGAGCACACUCUUCUUCUCCUCUCUGUUUUCACUGAGAGGAAGCGUUUGGAAGGAUUUAAUUUGACUAAAAAAACCACAGAAGAAGACAGAAAAACACAAACAGAUUUUCUCAGAGCCCCGAAUCACCAAACCCAUCUGAGAACCCCUAACACCUUCUCUACUCUGUUCCUUGAGAACUUCUACAGCCGCUCCAAAGCUGAUUCUGGAGUCACAGCAGUGGGGGUUUUAGAAAAGGUUCGGAAUCAGAGAAGGUUCUAGAACUGGUUCCGGAAUACAUUCAGUAAUAAACUGGGUUCUAGAAUCACAGUAGGUUCUAGAACUGGUUCCGGAAUACAUUCAGUAAUAAACUGGGUUCUAGAAUCACAGUAGGUUCUAGAAUCUGUUCUGAAGCUACAGCAAGGAAAUACUGCAGGUUCCAACGUUUGCUGUAGAUUUACAGUGGGUUAAGGAAUUGGUUCGGGAGUCACAGCAGGCUCCAGGAUGGUUUCUGAAGUCACACAAGUGGAUUCAGCAAAGGGUUCUGGAAUCAAAGCCGGUUCCAGAAUGGGACCCAGAUUGGGUUCCAGAAUUCCCUCCGUGCCCAGUAUUUUUACCGUGCUGCUGGUUGUCUGGUGUUUGGUGUUUAUCGAUCCAGUUGGUUGCCACAGAAACUUCUCAUCUGAGCCAUCUCUGUCGGAUCUGCCAGAUUUCCAUGGCAACGACCCACCUCUAGGACCGGGGAUUGACCAUCGCAUCCAGAUGCAAGUGACUGAGAACAAGCCCCCGUCCUCACGGGAGCCAAGACCAGGAAAGUCAAAACAAAUUAGCAAGCUGAAACACAAACAUGAAAGAAAGCCUCCGUCUCACUCGUCUUCCUCCAACUCCUCCCUGGUGGUUCACAUGCGCCCGGUAUCGCCCCCUAACUGCCUGCAGGCCACAUCAAUAGAAACAGCUUUCAAGUACAUCAACACUGUGCUGUCCUGUGUUAUAUUUGCUGUGGGGAUCAUUGGAAAUGCCACCUUGCUCAGGAUUAUCUACCAAAAUAAAAGCAUGAGGAAUGGACCCAACGCUCUGAUAGCCAGCCUGGCCCUCGGAGAUCUGAUAUACAUCAUCAUUGACAUACCAAUCAACGCCUACAAGCUCCUGGUGAUGCGGUGGCCGUUUGCAGACAAUGCGUUUGGUCUGUUCCUCUGUAAGCUGUUUCCCUUCCUGCAGAAAGCUUCAGUCGGCAUCACCGUCCUCAACCUGUGUGCUCUGAGUGUGGACAGGUAUCGCGCGGUGGCAUCCUGGUCGCGGGUGCAGGGCACAGGUGUUCCCACGGUAACAGCGGUGGAGAUUGUGGUGAUCUGGCUGCUGUCCAUGGUGCUGGCCGUGCCGGAGGCCAUCGGCUUCGACAUGGUCACCUUUGACUACAAGAACGUUACCAUGACGACCUGCAUGCUGCAGCCCAAAACGCCCUUCAUGACUUUCUACCGGGAUGCAAAGGACUGGUGGCUGUUUGGCUUCUACUUCUGCGUGCCUCUGGCCUGUUCUGCUGUUUUCUACGGCCUGAUGACCUGUGAGAUGCUCAGACACCAGAAAGGAAGUCUGAGGAUCGCACUGAGUGAACACCUUAAACAGCGUAGAGAAGUAGCUAAAGCCGUGUUCAGCCUGGUGUUGAUCUUUGCUCUGUGCUGGUUUCCGCUUCAUCUGAGUCGCAUACUGAAGAGGACCGUCUACAAAUCCCAUGAUGUCCGCCGCUGCGAACUGUUAAAUUUCCUGCUGGUACUCGACUACUUCAGCAUCAACAUGGCAACCAUCAACUCCUGCAUCAAUCCCAUAAUCCUUUACUUUGUCUCCAAGAAGUUCAAAAACUGCUUCAAGUCCUGUCUGUGUUGUUGGUGUUAUUCUGGCUCUCUCUCCAACAGUAUGCUGCCUCUCCACCACGGGACGAGCCUGCAGUACAAACACACUGACCACUGAGAGAGAGAGUCUGCAUCUUCAUCUGCAGCGUACCACCAGCAACUCAGCCGGACUGAACAAGGACAUCCAAUCACACACACACACACACACACACAGACAUUGUUGUGUGAGUGUGACAUUGUGUGUGUGUGUGUGUGUGUGUGAUUCAACAGAUAACCACUAUAUCGAUCCACUCAUUCAGUGGAUGUAGUUUAGUUUUUACCUUUUUAUAGUGUAUUUAUUCAGUUAUAAAUAUUAUAUUUGAUUACAGACUAAUUAUUGUAUGGUGAUAUAUUAUGCAAUAUGUCCAAAAAUAUGUGGACAACAGUGUCCACAUACUUUUGUGUACUUCUGUGUUUCAUGGUUUGGGCCUCCUUAGUUCCAGUGAAGUGAAAGCUUAGUGCUACAGCUUACAGUGGCUUUUGUACUAUAGUGUAGUUUGGAGAAGACCCUUUCCUGUUUCAACAUGGCAACGCCCCCAUGCACAAAGCCAGAUCCAUAAAGAAAUGGUUUUCCCCAGUUUGGUAUGGAAGAAGCCCUGACCUCAACCCCAAUCCAACACCUCUGGGAUGAACCAGCGAGCCAGACCUGAUCACCCAGCAUCAGUGUUGGACCUCAUUAAUGCUCUUGUGGCUGAAUGGGAGAAAAUCCCUGCAGCCAGGGUCCAACAUCUGUUGGAAAGACAGAAACAGUGGAGGCUGUUAGAGCGGCAGAAUAACGAGAAUGAGAUGCUCAACAAUCACAUAUGGAUGUAAUCUGUGGGUGUCCACUUACCUUUUGGCCAUGUAGUGUAUGUAUUAUUGUGUUUUAUAUGUCAAAUAUCCAUUGCAACUCUUCCUGUAAAGAAAUAAAAACAAGUCUGAAGUC